CUGGAUCGGGCCGGGGAACAUACAGCAGGAAAGCUACCCCUACCCGGCCGGCAGAGCUGAAGACCCAACACUGAGCCACAGCAGAGGUAGCUAGUAGGAGGGGGUGCUGUGGCAGCAUGUUCCGAUCAGCCGCGCAGCGUGUUCUCAGGGCCAGCGGGAGGAGCCGGGCCGACCCAGCCACCGCGCCGGCCUUCCUCCUCAGUCGCUGCUUCUCCGCGCCGGCCAGGCCGCCACCGCCACCGCCACAGAGGCUGGCUGGAAAGGUGGCGCUGAUCACCGGCGGCGCGAGCGGAAUCGGCAGGGCGACGGCGGCGGAGUUCGUCCGGCACGGCGCCAAGGUCAUCCUCGCGGACGUCCAGGACGACCUGGGCCACGCCGUCGCCGCAGAGCUGCGCGGCGGCCCAGACCCUGAACAGGACACCGCCGCCGCCGCGGUCGUCCACUACACCCGCUGCGACGUGUCCGACGAGGCGCAGGUCGCGGCGGCGGUGGACCUGGCCGUGGCGCUCCACGGCCGCCUCGACGUGAUGUUCAGCAACGCCGGGGUCAGCGGCUGCCUUACACCGGUCCCCGUGGCCGCGCUGGACCUGGCCGACUUCGACCGCGUCAUGGCGGUGAACGCCCGCGCCGCGGUGGCGGGCGUCAAGCACGCCGCGCGCGUCAUGGUGCCACGCCGCGCCGGGACCGUCAUCUGCACGGCUAGCGUCGCGGGGUUGCUGGGCGGCGUCGCGUUCCCGCACUACAGCGUCUCCAAGGCCGCCGUGCUGGGCCUCGUCCGCGCCGUCGCCGGGGAGCUCGCGCGGUCCGGCGUCCGGGUCAACGCCAUCUCGCCUAACUACAUCCCGACGCCGCUCGUCAUGGGCGCCAUGGCCGAGUGGUUCCCCGGGGUCACCGUCGAGGAGCGGAGGCGGAUCGUGGAGAAGGACAUGAACGAGAUGGAGGGACCGGUGCUCGAGGCGGAGGACGUGGCCAGGGCGGCGCUGUACCUGGCGUCCGAUGAGUCCAAGUAUGUGAAUGGCCAUAACCUCGUCGUUGACGGCGGCUUCACGGUGGGGAAGGUGCCCAACAUGCCGCCAUUUGGACACUAAUUAAUUAAGCAGGUGCCAAUCCAGGCACGGUGAAUGGCUCUCUCUCUUCAGCAAAAUCUCUAGUUAUAUUUUCCCUUUUUGCGAUUGGAAAACUUAUAAAAUAACUUGAUCAUGUUUUUUUUUGUCUUUCCGAACUUCAUAAUUCUCGUGAUCUGCUAGCUCAGCCCUUCAAAGAUGGUGCUUAUAGAGGUAAAAUUUAUGUACAUGUGUUCAUAGCGAUGAGUGUGCGUACGUUA